AUGAAUCGAUGUAAUGAUGGUUUACCUUUUGUACCAGGAUACCGUUUCGCCGAUAUAGUAAGUUUACAAAAACAACAUAUUACUAUAUUACGGGCGACCGUUUAGCACCGAGUUCUAGGUAACUUAUAACCAAAAAUAAAUGGCCGCAAUUUGUAUAAAAAUAUUAAUUCAUCAAAUAGAAUAAACAUUAUUAAAAAAACGUUGUUAACUCGGUGGAAUGGUCUUUCGCGAAGGCGCUCGUGACAGUUCCAGACUCGCCGGAGAAGACGUUAUCGGCGGUUCGUGUUUAUAUCCAGGACUCCCGAAUAGAAUUUGCUUACUACGUGCUUUUCGACAAAAACACGUUGUUUCGUAGCUGGGCGAUAACGUUUUUACGAGAGGGUUUACGUAUUUAAAUCCUUGAAUUCUUAUGAACGAUUUUAGAAUGCGUGCAUUUGGGCUAUAAUAAAAAUAACAUUUCGCCGUGUUUGCUUCCCGGGCACUCAUUUUUACUUAUCGGACGUAGUCUCACUUUUUUUGUCAGGCAAAGGGCAUAGAAAGCGAAAUUUACCAGUUAAAAGGUCUACAUUUACAAAUAGGUAUCCUAUUUAGGUAUAGGUAUAGGUACUCCUAAGUACUAUCAUUAUAUUUUUCGAAAUUUAGUAUAUGUAGGUAAAGACUAAUAAUAAUAUUAAUUUGUUCAUCUUUAUAUUUUUAAAGAAAACCAACUAUCGGAAGAGUUCGUUUUUUGGAUACAGAAACGGAUAUGCCGUGAAUGCCGAGAAAUCUAUAGGCAUCGGAUCAAACACCCCUCUAGACGUAGAGAGUGUUUAUAAUUCUGAAAUACCAAAAGACAAUAGGUCAGUAAAAUAUAAUUGAAAAUAAAUAAAUACGAAACAUACAAUUUAUUUAAACAUAAUGUAUAUAUAUAUAUAUAUAUAUAUAUACGUAUAUUUUAUUUUAUUAUUUUAUUUUAUUUACAUUGUUGUAAUAGAGAUACCUAAAACUAACAGUUAAUAUGUAUUUUAAUUAACUAUAGUUACGACCUAGUUACGUUGACUUACGGUAUUCCCAAGGACCCGCCUUCGCCACAUUUUAAACCACAAUUCGUAUUAUUCGAUGGGAUAGUUUUGUCUUUCAGAGGAUUCACCAUAGAGACUAUAGAACCGCCCUCGAAAAUCACGUACAGAGUGCGCCAUGUUAAAAUCUGCUACUACAUGGUCGACAACACUAUUUCAGUAUCGGAAACUCCUAUAUUGGUAAGACUUCUUAAAUUAUUAUUAAGUCCUAUAGAGUAAUAAUCUUCGCUUACAUAAUGUAUAUAUAUAUAUUGUAUACUCAUCCGAAACUACUCAUCCAAUCGCUAUACGUUUACUACCUAAAAGGUAAGUAGUUAAAGCUGGAUAAAAAAUAAUUAUUUUGCAAUUAUGUGACCUGAAUUUAGAAGGUUGAAUUGUGUAAUGGUUGGUCUAGAUAGAUAGAGGUUGUUAAAGCAAGUUUUAUGAGGAAUCAUAGGAACAAUAUGUUUAUAUCUGGUGGAGAAUUCUAAGGGAGAUUUGACUAAUGAAAGGACCAGAGGUAUCUCAUGUGAUGACGUUUAAUUGGAGUGAAAUAAGUAUGAGGAAGUUGGAUACGAGAGGGACAUGGAUGGAGUAAAAAUUUUAAUGUAUCAUACAUUCAUAUCCAAUGAAUAAUUUCUUAGUUACAGCCGUUUUAAUUAUGCAUGAUAACAAUUAAUAUUCAAUACAUUACUUAUGCGAUAAAGAAUUACAAUCAGCAUAGCAAUUCUUUACCUUUUAUUGAAUAUUAAUUGUUUUCACGCCUAUUUUUUAGAUAUGACGUGGCUAUAAUUAAGAAACUAUUAAUCGAAUAUGAAUGCAUGAUACAUUAGCAUUUUUAAAAUAAUAUUGUUUACAAAAUGGCUAUUUUAAAUAUUUUCUAAAGUGAAUAAAUAAAGUUAUUCUUUUUUUUAUGUUUAAGGGAUGAAAAUAAAAAUGUAAUUUUUCUCUAAAUCGAUGUUCCCUCAAAGACAAACCGACUGAAAAAAAAAUAAUCGAAUACAAUUUAAUAUUAACAGCCUUGGAAAAAUCCAUCGAACACGGUGGGACACAUUGUAUAGGUACAAUUAGGAAUUACAUUUUGCUGGGCUAAAACUAUACAACGUUUACAGUAUAAAAUAUAAAUAACUUUAUUCACGAUAUUAAUGAUAAUAAUAAUAAUGACAUUUUUAAAUAAACUUGUACCAAAUUAUGUAAACAGAAUAUAUUUACAUAAAUACUAAUUAAUAAUUAACUAGGUGUCUAUAUUAGAGCAAUGCAGUUUCCUGUUUUCAGUUGCAAAUAAAAUUAUUCGAUUUUUUAAGUAUUUUUAUCACUUAAAAAUAUAAAAGGCUAAUACAAUAAUAAUAUAAUUCCAUACGAAUAUAACUAAUUUAAUUAUUUGCGGGGGCUAACAAAUAUUUGAGCAUUCUAAACACUCCCUAGCCUCCAUCUAACUGCGCCUAUGUGUAUGCUCAAAUGUUUUUUUAUAUACAUAUCUCGCUCAAAUAUGUCUUCGCUUUUUAUUAGCUAGGUGACCAGAACUAUCAAUUUUUCAUGAUACCAAUAUUAUUACUAUUUUUUGUUAUGUUCUUUUUUCCUAAUCAACGUCACAGAACGCAGGUUACGUGCAGGGUAUGAUAUCAAAACGGAGUCGGGUACCGAAUCCAAAUCGUCGGGGCCAAAUGUAUUACUAUACCGACCUGAAUGUUGGCGUAGAACUGUUGAUAAAUACCAAGACGUACAAAUUGUGUAGUUGCAACUCUUUUACAAGAGAUUACAUGACGAAAGAAGGUAUUUCGGUACACCCCAAUGAAACUAUGCCUGAAGACCCUUACUUGGUCGAAAGACACCGCAGAUUGGUACAGACCACUUUGCCAACGAAAACUUCGAAAGAUUGCGACGAAGUCGAACACCUUAAACUAAAACGGUUCAUCGAGUACGACGGGAAAGUACUGAGGUACAAAUAUUAUAUAAUCAUUUAUACCGGUUACAAGUAAUAAAAAAAAGAGUGAAUUUUUCAAAAUAAAAAAAAUAAUAAUAAUACAACCAACUAUAUAUACAAAUUAAUUAAACCGUAAUACUGCAGUUAUUCACAUUUUCCAUUCCAAAAAAAAAAUUUUAAAAUUUAGACGCAUAUACUCUUUCUGUAUUCGUUCUGUAUAUAUAUAUAUAUAAUGUUGUUUGUAUCAAAAAGAGGCGUGUCCGGCUGAAAGAAAAGGGAUAUGGUUGUCAGCCGUCCGUCAAUCAUAAUAUAUAUUCAUAGCCAACAUGCCUAUUCAUAAUCAACAUACUUUAAUUUUUUAAUUUUUUUUUUAUUGCCAUUACCUACUUACACACUGAUAUUUUACUGUAUUUAUCAGAUUCUAUGCAGCGUGGUACCACAACGAAUCCGAAGCGGGAUUCGAACCUCCGUAUUGGAGAAAGUUUCUAGUCGCUUAUUACUUAGUGAACGACCAAAUAGAAAUAAACGAAUUACAUCACGAGAAGAACGAGAUUUUAUUUCCUUCGUUUUUAAAGAAAAUGAAAUUACCAAUGAAUUUGAAAAAUAUACCAUGUAAGUAAAAGUAACUCAUAUAUUACCGUGAUCUUUUCGAAUUUCCCUAUAUAAUGUAAACCUUUGCAUUUGUGAAAUAAUUUUUCGUUAUUACCAAUGUAUUGAAUUCGAAAUUUUUUUAAUUUAUGAGGAGGUUGUUUUUGAUUUUCUCAGUAGUUUUCCCAAUAAAUGGGAAAAAUCUGGAAAAAACACGAGAAAACUGUAGGGAAAUCUGGAAAAUAGGUACAAUAUUAAAAAAAUAUUAUUAAAGAAAAUAUACAGUACGUAUUUAAUUAUUUUACUAUAAUAUGACAUACAUUGGUGACAAAGCAUUACUAUCAAUUGAACUUCACUCAUACUCGUUAUUGUUGAUUACAGGUAUAAAUUCAAUAAUUUUAUGUAUACCUUCACAACCGUCCCUAGUAUCAACUCUAUUUUUAAAAAGCUAAUAUUCUUAAUGUAAUACUCGACAAUAUUGAUUAUUUGUAGCAAUCAUAACAUACGAAAACUUGAAUGAGAAUGUAAAUAAAGAAUGUCAACGAUUUUACAAAGCAACGGAUCUUAUAAUAGGAAAUACUAUUUGUGUAAUGGGUCGUAAGUAAGUGCACAUAAAAUCGCGAUUCAUAUUUGUUAAUAUUUUAUUUUGAAUUUCAUUAUACUUUUUCUUUUUUAGAUUUAUACUGUAUGACUGCGAUGAUUUUACACGAGAUUAUUUCAAAAAUAAUCUUCAAAUAGUUCAACCCGAUCGAACAAAUAUUAUGGACCCUGCAAAGAACGAAUUGAAAAGAAAGGUAAUAAAAAGCAUUCAAAUUAACAUCACAUAUUGAUAAAAUAUAUUUAUAUUUCAUGCUAUCUUCAUUCUCAUCAUUCUUAGAUGAUCUUCAUUUAAUCGUUAAGCUUUAGUUAAAAACACAAUUUUGCAAUCUUUUGAAUGUAGCGUCCAAACGGACAUAAUUUAUACAGAUUUAAAUAAAGCAUUCGAAUGAUUUAAUCAAGUAAUCCUAUAAAAUCAUAAUUUUGUAUUUUCCUUAUCUCAUUAGUAUAUUCUUACUUUUUUUUAUUAUAAUUACAACAUUUUUAAAAUGUCAAAUUAACAUUUGCCUUCGGGGUUUAUCACUCACAAUUGUGUAUGUUCAUUAAUGAUGUAAUGCUUCUGAGUCAUAAGCAGAGCAAAUAAAGGCGCAGUUAGUUUUCAAAUUUCAAGAAAUAGUCCAUUUAUAACUUAUUUAAAACUAUUUAAUGCAUUUUGCUUUAAUAAAUAAUGCAGUAAAUUAUAAUUACUCUACCUUUGGAUCUUACCUCGACCAAAUAUAGAAUUAAAAAAAUCUUGGUGUAGUGUUUAUCUCGGAAUUAAAUUUUUUCAUUAUAUUGAGAUAAUAAAGAAUGAAUAAACCUGCACUUUAGUAUUUAUUAAAAGAACAUUUUAUUCGUUUUACGAUCUAUCAGUUUUAAAAAAAAUCUCUACUCUUCUCACAUUUGAUCCAAUUUACAGUUCUGCUCUUUAAUUUAUAUUAAUAAUAAUCUACAAGUAUAAUGCAUCUAAGUGAGACGAUAGACCCUGUUCAUAAUAAUCGUUUGCUUUAUAUCUCAGUUAAAUUUAAUGGUCCCAGGCCAUCUCAUGGGCUUUACAAAAAUGUUUUCAAUUUUCUUUAUCUACCUCCACUUAGUCACAGAAAUUUUGUUCUUGCUUUCUAUGUUCUUACAGAACCUUAUUUUAAAUUUACCCGCUGCCCGAAAUUCCUUUAUUUUUCCACUUCAUAUAAUAAACUCCUCCAGCACAAGAAAUCCAAAAAUUGUCUACCUAAUCUGUUCUAAUAUAUAUAUAUUAAUAAUAAUAAUAUUAAUAUAUAUAUAAAUUAAUAAUAAUAAUAUAUAUAUAUAUAUAUAUUAUUAACUCUCCUUUCAACCUUUUAAUGAUUAAAGGUAUAGGAUAUAGUAUAUGUUUAAUAGAUUUUAGAAUUUUGUGUAAAAACUGCUCUUACCAAAUUUGCAAUGGAACUAGGGUCCGUUUAUUUGAUUUCAUAAAUAAACAAAAAGUUGUUUAUAUAAUCGCUAUUUAUGUUUAGAUGUAUCCACCUCACAAUGGGUUCGGUGAUCCAGACGAUACGCUGCGAAAUUGUGUGUCAUUUAGACUUCAGCCACCGAAAUCCAAUUUCUUAAACUUUAUAAAAAACCUAAACAAUAUUUUACGAUAUAAAAUGAAAAUGGUACCAGUGAAUAAAGAAGACCAUGACCGUCCUUUCUGUAUGGAAUUUAACCUUGCCAAUGAUAAAAUGACAAUAUUAGAAAAAGCCUCUCGUGGCUUUUUAAAGGGAAAAUUCAUGUCGGCUUUUCGACUGCGAAAACCCGGAUUUCCGGUCGAAGAAAAUAUUUUUUACGGGCCAAAAGAUUUCGCAAUCGGUAAAUAAUAAUUAUGUACAGUGGAUUCCACCUAAUGUGGGCACCGGUUAAUAUGAGAAAAAUAGUCUGCUCCCUAUACAAAUGUAUAUUAACAAGGUUAACAAAAAAAAAGCAUAAUACGGGCAUUCGUUUCGGUUUAUGCGAAAAAUUAUUAUUUUAUCAUAGCGCUAUAAUAUAUACAUACGUAUUUAAAAACGACUAAUAUAAUCAGGUUUCGUCGUAUCUAUGAGAUUGUCUUUAUCGAAAAUAAUUAUAAUAAAAAGCAUUACCAUUUGCUAUUCACUAUUUUGCCUUCGCCCCAUUGUUGGGAUACCAUUCCUCAAUCGAAAUACCUAAGUUACUUUAUUUUAUACAAGGAAAACAAUUAAAGAUUAGAUAAUAAAUGAUAUAUUAUAGUAAUUGUUAUAUACGAUAAAAAUAUUAUUCGGGGUUUCAGGAUCUAAAAUACACGUCAGAGGAUCGGUGUUCUCUAUUGUCGAUCUUGACGAAUGGACAUACCAAUUUAUGAUAAAAAAUCCAGACAUUUUCACGCAAGAUGCUAUUGAAGGAGUUAAAGAUCAUUUUAUAAAUAAACGCUUACUAGAAUAUGCGCGAAAAAUGCCUGAACAAGAAUUCAAAAUGUUGCCACCCGUAGUUAUUAGCGGAAAAACGAAGAAUGGUGAUUGUGACGUGUGA